AAGAAGGGGACAAAUACCUUUUCACGGCACUGUAACAAAAAUGCUUGUCUGCAUUUUUAAAUGGACUCUUACUGGGUGUCAAUGUUCAUUAGCUGGAAAAAGUCAUUCUGAAAUUGAUUCCAUCAUCAUCAUUAUCCAUUAUCUUCAGUUAUCGUCCUAGGAGCGAGCAGGCCUUCUGCUCCCGCGUCAUUUUGCACCGUGAGCGCGACUGUCGUCAGUCGUCAUGGUAACCGGCGGACAACAGGAAACAUGGCGGAAGAGAAACUUUCAUUUGAGCAAACGUUCUCUUUCAAUUUGCUUUCUACAAAAAAAUUCACGUUACAGCAAGAUCCUAAGAUAUCACGACUCCUGAUGAAAUGGUCCAUGCUAGGUCGAAUUAACAUCCAGGCCUUCAACUUUGACCAAUCUUUCCAGUCUUAUAAAAGCAAUGACUUUGCUUGGAGUUUCUUUCAAGAUCCAUGUGUGAAGAACAAUUUAAAGGUACUUGAUACUGCUGGAUCAUGGACACCACUGGGUAGAGACAUCACACAUGUAAAUGUUGAAGUUGUUCCAUGCACAAAGGUGUCUGUAGAUAUAUUCAAUCCAAUUUACUCAAAUGGAAUAGUGCGUACAUCUGGCCACAUUGUCAGAUGUUAUCAUGAAAUAUACCCAGACUUUGAUGAGUUAAGGAUGCUUUUGCUUGAAGAAGAUUCUAACAACUAUCAUAUAAUCAGUCCAAGUGAUCGUCAGGAGUUUUUAUUUAGACUGUUCAAGCAUUUGGUCUUAGGUGGUGAACUUUGCCAAUGUGAGGAUGUCAUCGAUCCCUAUAUUGAGACAGCAAAAAUUAUGUACAAAGACUUGGUCAGUGUUCAAAAGGAUCGAGAAACAAAAGAGAUCACUGUGGUCACAACAAUCUUGAAAGUUUCUGCUCAUGAUCACAGUGGAUUGUGCUACCCAUCUGCAACAGAAAAUGAGCAGACAUUUGCUUACCUCUGUAUUGAUCCAUUCAAAAGGCAUGUGUACGUCCUAUACCAUUCAUUUGGUAUAGGGGACUUUAAAUGAAGGGCCCUAGAUCUCAUAAAAACACUGAGACAUUAUUAUACACUACAACCACAACCUUUAAUUUAUGUUAAUCAAUAGGAGAAAUUUAGUUAAAUGAACAGUUAAACCUACAAUGAAAAACUUCCAAGAAUAUAAUGUAGCAAUUCUGUAAAUACAUUUUGAAUGUAGCUUCAUGCUUGAAACAUGGUGUUUAAUUAAUUUCAAGUGAUUAUUUUUAGAGACUGAAUACAUCUGUUUCUUUAUAUGUUUCAUACAUGCUAAUAAACCUUUACACAAUCAUAG